GGAAAAAGUGGUCUUACAAAGAUUUGGAAUAUAUGACCUAUGAAGAGUACAAGAAUAUAUUUUUUGAGGACAUACCUUCAGGAAAUGAAUCGGAAGAUGAUCAAAAUGGGUCAGAUGAAGUCGUGCAUUUUGCAGCACAAAAGCGGAACAACACCGUACGUGAUGGUCGUGCAGUACUUGCAAUGUCGGUGAAUAUUCAAGGAUUGGGUUGAAUUGGAAAGAAAAGAUACGAAUUAAUUUAGCGCAUAUGUAGGUAAUUAACAGCAAUUAAGAUAAAUGGAAUAAGAUAUAGUCUGACAUGUACAGUCCAUUAAGAAAAAAUGUAACACACUGAUGAGG